AUGGCUACCGGUACACUAGCUUCGAAUCCCUUUGUUGGGGAGCACGCGGAUGCUGACUCUGAUGCGCCAGCCGAUGAAAAUCUCCCAACCUUUUAUAUUGGACACCAUGAGUCUAAACGACCUCUGCCUGUCACGGAAUUUGUUCUGCGACAGGCUCAAGAUGUUGGAUAUGACAUGCUCACAAGCUCUAUCACAAGUCCUCAUUUCCACUCUAGAGUUCUCACAUUGAUCUCGAAUCACCUCGCCGAGAUAUCAGCCCUCGAAUCAAGCGAUGCGCCAAACAAAGCUACCCCUCCAGCUCCCAUCAUCCCACCACUCAAUCCUGUCGAUACACCAUUAACUCCUUCCGACACAGUCUCACAGCUCAUCGCACAUUCCAGCCCUUGGAUAGAUCUAUGCUCGCCAGAUCCGCUGAUCGCAAACAUUUCCCGUCAGGUUUUGAAUAUCGAAAUUGCAUAUGCGUCCUUCUGCGGAGUGGGCAAUGUUAUUAUACCAGGUCCACGAACAUACCAUGGCGGAUCAGGAGAUAACACUGGACUUGCGCAAUAUGCUCGUGCUAUUCAGGAGACUCUCGCAAUUGCUAAUUAUAUCAAUAUAGCCAUCCAUAUCCCUAUGUAUGGGCUCGAAGAUCAGAAGGAGAUGACAGGCGAUCUUUUGCCAUUUUCCAGGUAUCAAGAGACAGCAGAUGCAGUAAAGAGCGAAAAUGAAAUUGACUUGUAUGAGAAUUGGGAUACUUGGAAUUUGAUCCGGGAUGUAUGUAAAUACAAUUCCAGACUUUCAGUAGCAUUGGCACUUCCCCGUCAACUACCCAUUGAUUCACUUCAAUCUCGUUGGUUUGCCGAACCCCUGAGGAUGUUGACUUUCAAUUCUUCAACAUUCUUGAAAAACAAGGGUGGACAUCCAGUUUUGGGCAAGGCUCACCAAAAUCUGAUCUCCCGCUAUAUGAAGCUUAAGAACGCUCCAUGGUUAUUAUUAUGUGAUGUGGGUCCCAUCCCUGGUUUAGAUGACCCAAAUCAGCAAAUCUCGGUGGCAGAUGGUUAUGCAUCACCAAGUACUGUUCAAGAUGCACCAUCUCCAACCCCUGCCGAAGCCCAGCAAGUUAGGAGGAACAGCACCAAAUCACCAUCACAAUCAAAAUCGAAGGAUGGUGCAGCUCACUUGGUAUACCUGAGAUAUCUCCAGAGAAACCAACCAGAACGGACUGCUAUCGAGAAGUUUGGCUCAGGCUACCAAGAUUACUUGCAAGCUCCACUCCAACCGUUGACAGACAAUCUCGAAUCUGUUACGUAUGAGGUCUUUGAAAAAGAUCCUGUCAAAUAUGAUUCUUACGAGCGAGCCAUAGAACGAGCACUUUCAGAUUGGGGUUCACAAGGAAAGCCUACAUCGAGUCUCAGUGGUGCUGUUGUUAUCGCAGUAGCUGGUUCUGGUCGAGGACCUUUAGUGUCUCGAGCUUUGAAGGCAAGUCAAACGACUGGAGUCCCAGUUGAGGUAUGGGCAGUGGAAAAGAAUCCAAAUGCCUACGUUCUUCUUCAAAGACACAACGAAGACGACUGGAAUGGAGCAGUCAAUAUUGUAAAGAGCGACAUGCGUGCAUGGAAAGGGCCAUUGAGAAAUGCAGCAGGACCCAUAGGUCAAGCCGUAACAACCUCUACUACCACUCCCGCAACAACCUAUGGCAAGGUCGAUAUUCUUGUUUCUGAACUCCUUGGUUCUUUUGCAGACAACGAAUUAUCACCCGAAUGCAUAGAUGGAGUCCAGCAUGUUCUAGCACCCGAAUUUGGUAUCUCGAUACCUGCUUCCUACACAGCACAUCUUUCCCCCAUCCUCGCACCUCGUCUCCAUGCCGAUAUCUCCAACAGAUUCUCAUCUGAUGAGAGCGCCACAGAUACCCCCUACGUAGUCAUGUUCCAUGCCAUUGAUUUCCUCGCAACCUCCGUCCCAGACCAUCCCCAAAUCCAACAAGCAUGGGAAUUCGCCCAUCCACUUCCUACCAGUACAUUACAUAUCGCCGAAGCCAGACGAGGCGGCGGUGUUAGUGGUGGUGGCGGUGGAAGCAUGUCGGGUGGCGAUGGUGCCAAUGAACACAACACUCGCUAUGCCCGUCUCAAGUUCGUCUGUAAAGACCGCGGCGUGGUCAAUGGGUUGGCGGGAUAUUUUGAAGCUGUUCUAUAUGAUGGCGGCGCGGGUCCCGAGAGUAAAGUCGAAUUGAGUACGCGUCCGGAUACGAUCGAUGCGAAAAGUAAAGAUAUGAUUUCAUGGUUUCCGAUUUUCUUUCCUUUAAAGUCACCCCUCUACAUUCCCGAUGAUACCGAGCUCGAAGUCGGUAUUUGGAGACAAACUGAUGAUAGAAAAGUUUGGUAUGAGUGGCUUGUGGAAGCUUUUGUUAUGGUUGGGCCUAAUAAGCGCAUGAGAUUGGGUAUGAGUGAGGCAGGCAGCAGUCGCCAGAUUGGCUGUCUUAUGUAG